AAGAACGCUUGCAUAAAGAAGCCAUGCCCGAGUAAUGCGAUCUGCCAGGCCGGUUUUUCCAGUGAGGGGUAUAGAUGUGUCUGCGUACCGGGUUACGCAGGUGAAGAUUGCACAGAAGGUGAGGCAGAUAUACGUGUUCAAUAUCUAAGUAUUAGCAGUCACUUAACGAUAAGGAAAUUCGGUGACCGUUGUUUUAAAUAAAUUCUUUAGUACUCUCCUUAUGCACUUUUUUUUAUUCUUUCGUCGAGGACGAAGAAAGAGCAGCGGUAAACCAUGAGAGAAAACUGGGGAAGGAAGCGUUGGGGGGAGGGAGGGGGGGGUAGGUAACGCUAGGUCGAAAGGCGUUUAUCCUGAGGAAGAUAUCCUCAUUGCCGCUUCUAGCAAUGGAGAACGAGAUAAAUCCUCUCUGCAAUGCAACCCUGCCAGUAGCUCUAUGCGUUUACCGUUCCUGACGGUGCAACUUCUUUCAUUAAGUUCAAAAUAAAAAGUGACAUAGUUGCUAAGAGGACGUUAAAGUUGGUGAUUUCACGAUUUUGUUCUGUAUGAGGUGGCUAAGAAAGGUACAAAUUUUACAACGCACGUGCUGCAAAAUUGUUUUUCUCAUUUGAUCUUUUGUUUCGUUACAUUUUCUUUACUGUCGUCGUCAUGGUUUUCUUAAAGUCCCUAAUGAAUAAAAGAUAUGCAAACCCUAAUUCAUUGUGUACUGUGCUUUAUUCGAAGUCUGUGGUCUCGAAAUCUCUGUAAUUGUAUUUCUACAUGAUCCUUUCUUUAAGACGUUGAUGAAUGUGAUAUAGGAGAAAACAAAUGUGAUUCAAAUGCUGAAUGUAUAAAUACCCGUGGAUCCUACGACUGCAAUUGUAAAGAAGGAUUUACAAGAGAUGGCCUAACGUGCAAAGGUAAGUGUUGACUGGUAAUCACCAAAUAGGGAGUACAUUAUCCAUCAGCCGUUCUAUAAGCAAACAAGCCGUAUUCCUGCCGUAACACAAGACGGUCUAUAAGUCCUAUCCCUCAAAUUUUACAUGCCUGUGCAUGUAGCAUUUAUUUUAUGGUUUAAAUGAUUGUUAGUAUUAAAGGAAAAAUGUUUUGAAGCUCAUAUAAUAUUUGAUGUCACAUAUUCCCCCAGACCUCUCAAGAAUGUCCUUGUGUUACUUUCAGAUUUUGACGAGUGUGCUUUGGUUGAUAAUAACUGUACCAAGGGUGGCACCAAUUGUACAAACACUGUAGGGUCAUUUAACUGCACCUGCCAGACUCGAAAUUUCUGGAAUGGCAUGAAAUGCGAAGGUUUGUUUACUCUAGUGUUAUUUAGGCCUACGUGAACAUCGUCUUGGGAGUCUUUCCUACUAUUUUUCUCUGUCUCUCCCUCUCUCCCUAUCUCUCCCUCCCUUUUCUCUUGGUCCGAUGCUCUCUCUCUGUCAUAAUCCCUAUUAUUGAACUGUCUGUGUGAGUGUCUUUUUGUCUGUCUCUCUGUUUAUCUGCACGUUCAUUUUGUUCGUCUAUUUAUUUUUCCAUCUGCUUGAAAUUCUUUAUUAGCAUUAAAACGUAGAAAUCGGAUUUCAGGUUUAUUUUCAUUCUGUGAUUAGAACAGUAACGAAAAUAACUGACGAAGGCAUGUUUUUCGACAAAAAGAUUAAUUUUUUGAAAUGUGAGCCUUGAUAUGGAUUUGAUCUGCGAUAUUAGUUGAUCCUGAGCUGCUUUUAGCGUCAAUACUAGCAAAAACUAUCAAACAUGAGAGGUACUCAAAUGCAUAAUUUGCUAUUCAAAGGUUACCUCAUGUUAGCUUAUUUAACCUUUUUUGAGGUGAACCCCGUAGCUGUGAAUUCAAGUUCCUAGUUCCUUUAAACGUCCUUUUUCAGUUUGAAACAGUCAUCCCCGAAAAAAAAUCGCUAUACUUUAGCGCUAUUUGGAAAGAGAAGCGAAUCGAACAGUGUACUUUCCCUUCUAGGUAAAGAAAUGUAAUUGCAAAGUUAGUGGAAAUUUACCUGCCGUUUUUUUUAAAAAGUGCAUGCUAUAACUGUAAAGCAUUAAUAAUCUUUAACUGCCAUUAAUUCUUGAAAGCUCUAACCUUGAUAAACACGAUUAUCAUUUCCUCUUUGAAAUAUAUUUGAUUCUCUAGCUGAUCGUUGUUACAACUACAUAAAUCUGACAGACCGUGAAAGAAAAAUCCAUCACAUAACACAACCCGGUGAUCAACCUCUGUGUGACAGUGAGCUUGAGGGAUGGUAUCGUUUUGUGGGAGCUGCAGGGACAAAAAUGCCAACAACGCGUGCGCCAGCAUACAAAUGUGGUACAAACUGGUCAGGUUGGUUGGAUGGUUCUCAUCCUACAGUGGAAGAUGGUGAAGUCAAAAGAAGGGUCUGCUUUAGUGAUCGUUUUUCAGGUUGCAAAAACAGCUUAAAAAUUGACGUGAAAAACUGUGGAUCCUACUUUAUCUAUAAUAUGCUUCCACCACCAAGUUGUGAUUCGCGCUACUGUGGAACUGAUUAA